CAACUGAAACAAAAUUGAAGUUGGAAUAAUCUCUUCUCACUUCACUCUGUUUUUUAGGAAUGAACUAAAUGGCAAACAGCACCACAGUGAGAGAAUUCAUAUUGUUAGGGCUGACUAACAACCAACAAAUUGCUGUUGGCCUUUUUCUCAUCCUGCUUGGGAUUUAUCUUUUGACAUUGAUAGGAAANCUCUGUAGUCCAAUGUAUUUCUUCCUCCGACAUGUGGCAUGGAUAGAGAUUGGGUAUAUAAGUAGCAUCAUUCCUAAAACACUGGCCAACAUAGCCACUGGCAACAAGAGUAUCUCUUUAGCUGGUUGCUUCGUACAGAUGUUCCUCUAUUUUCUUCUUGGCACCACUGAAUUCCUUCUACUGGCCACAAUGUCUGUUGAUCGCUACAUAGCCAUCUGUAACCCUCUUCACUACACAACCAUCAUGAAUGAACAAAUCUGCUCAUUAUUGGUACUUUGUUGCUGGAUUGGGGGUUUGUCACUAAUUCUAGUUCCAUCCAUUCUUUUCUUUCAAAUGCCAUUUUGUGGUCCUAACAUCAUCAAUCAUUUCUUUUGUGACAAUGGAGCACUAAUCAAACUCUCAUGUGUUGAUACCAGUCUCCUAGAACUGUUUAAUUUUGUGAGUGCCACAUUCUCUCUACUUGGGUCCUUAAGUGUCAACAUUGUGUCUUAUGUCAAAAUCAUUUCCACGAUUCUGCGCAUCCCAUCAACUACAGGGAGGAAGAAGACGUUCUCCACCUGUGCAUCUCACAUUACUGUGGUCUCCAUCACUUACAGCAGUUGUGUUUUCAUGUACAUAAGACCCAAAGGCAGCAGCAAAUUAGAUUUCAACAAAAUGAUAGCUCUUCUGAAUACUGUCAUGGCUCCACUUUUGAUCCCGUUCGUAUAUUGUUUGAGGAACAGACAAGUGCAGGAUGCUUUGAGGACUGGACUGAGACAAUGGAUUGAGUUUUGCAAGAAAUUGAAGUGA